CAGAGCCCUCAAGUGGGAAAAGAAACGAAAAUGCCUGCUGUCAAAAGCAUCAAGAAAAUGGCUUAUCCAUACUAUUCUCCUCCGCCACCAUCCCCUCCGCCACCUUCUCCGCCGUGCGAUACCCCUCCUCCUCCUCCUCCAUGUACUCCUUCUCCUCCACCUCCUCCUCCACAUUCUCCACAUUGCCACCACAAAGAACACUGUGGUCACCAUCACCCACCAGGCGGCGCUUCUCCGCCAACACCUACGGGGAGUCCUGUAACACCACCAACCCCGCAGCCAUCUCAUCACCGGCCACCAAAAUCUCCCAGCCCCUCUGCGCAUCCGAAAACGCCACCAGCUGUCCCGAGUGCUCCACCGAAAACGCCGUCAAAACCACCGUGUAAUAACCCGCCAUCACCAGGACCAAAACCGAGUGUUCCUGUGAAGCCACCAAAGCCGGCAACGCCUGCUCAUCCACCAAAAACGCCGCCAGUCAGUCCGGUUGCGCCACCAAAACCGCCGCCGAAAUCACCGUAUCCACCAAAGACACCACCAGGUGCCCCGACUACGCCGCCAAAAAGUCCGCCAGGAUCACCGAAUUGUCCACCAUCACCAGCCAAACCUGGUGUUCCUGUAAAGCCACCAAAGCCGGAAGCACCUGCCCCGCAUCCACCGAAAACACCAACAUAUCCACCAAAAACACCACCGAGUGGCCCGGCUGCACCACCAAAAUCGCCGCCAGGAUCACCAAACUAUCCACCAUCACCAGCAUCGAAACCUGGUGGUCCUGUGAAGCCACCAACGCCGGAAACACCUGCUUAUCCACCAAAAUCGCCACCAGGAUCACCAAAUUAUCCACCCUCGCCAGCAGAAAAACCUGGAGCUCCUGAGAAGCCACCAAAGCCAGAAACGCCUGCUUAUCCACCAAAAACACAGCCAGGUGGCCCGGUUUCGCCACCAAAACCGCCGCCAGGAUCACCAAAUUAUCCACCGUCGCCAUCAGAAAAACCUGGUGCUCCUGGAAAGCCACCAAAGCCCGAAACACCUGCUUAUCCACCAAAAACACCACCAAAUGGCCCGGCUGCGCCCCCAAAAUCGCCGCCAGGUUCACCAAAGCAUCCACCGUCGCCGUCAGAAAAGCCUGGUGCUCCUGAAAAGCCACCAACACCUGCUUAUCCACCGAAAACACCACCAGGUGGCCCGGCUGCGCCGCCAAAAUCCCCUCCAGGAUCACCAAAUUAUCCACCGGAGACACCUGCUUAUCCGCCAUAUUAUCCACAUCCACCAACCAAGCCAGGAGCCCCAUCAUAUCCUCCUGCAUAUGAUCAUUACCCACCAAUACCUCCAUCGUCAUUCUCUCCACCAAGUCCCAACACCCUCACCCCAUUUUCACCACCGUCUAACACUCUUGUGACGCCGCCUCCCAGCGGCGGCGGGGGCGGGAACAACCACACUACCAUAAUUGCAGUUUGCGUUUCUUUGGGUGGCUUGUUCUUCCUCGCAUUCCUUGCAGUUGGCCUCUUUUGCUUAGCCAAGAAAAGAAAGAAGCCUAUCAUGGUUCCAGCAGCAGCUGCUUCAUGUGAACCAGAAGAAGCUUCCAGUCAUCAUGGAGGAGAAAUUGGCGGCGCUGCCGUCCCGGCACAUGGUUAUGGAAGCGGAGAAAUCAGUGCAGCGGGCGGAGGAAUGCAUGGUGGGCCACCUUCUCAUGGCAAUUACUAGUCAAAAUAAGAUUUAAAUUAAAUUGUUUACAACGAAAAUUAGCUCCAAAUCAUGCAUUUUUUAUUUUUUUCCUCUCUAUUAUAAAUUUAACUCAAAUUAGGUUUGGUCAAAUUUAAACUAAUUAUAUGAUAAAAAAAAAUAUUUAUCAUAUAAUUAGUAUACAAUUUAAAUAAAGUGACAAUCACAUAUUAAGUGUAUACACUUACUCAAUGAUUGAUUUAAUCGAUCAAACCUAAUUUAAAUAAAAAAAUAUCUUAUAUCAUGAAAUCAGUACCGAAAUCAAAGUGUACAAGUGUGGAUGUCUGUAUUAUUUGAUCAGUGGAUUUGUGUUGUAACUCAUGAGAUUGUAUUUUGAUGAAUUGAAUUAUUAUUA